AUGCAAAAUAUUAAAUAAAGAAAACCAUAUUUAUAAGUUCACUUUCAACCUUUGACAGAGCGACUCGAGAGAAAGAAAUAAGCAUAAAUGAAGAACGUGUUAUUGAGAAAUGUUCAUGCUCCGAGGGUUAAACGAAGCUUCAGUUUGCCUCAUAAUCAAAGAUUCUUGUACAGAUUUGAAACUUAACCCAAAAACGUCCAUCCAUCUCGAAAAGAAACCAAUGAGGAUCUUCAAACAAGGGAAUAAUCUCCGUAGAAAAGGGGUUCAUUGGCGACCAAUGCUAAAUAAUCUUAAAAACUCAUUGAAGUCAAAGAAAAACAGCAGAGGAAGAGUUGUGAUUGUUCAUUAUGUGGGAAGGGAACAAUCUUUCAAAGGGAUUCAAUGAAGGAGGGUGUUUUUAUAAUUUAAUAAAUAAAGGAGCAAGAAGCUCUGGCAAAUAAGUUUUAAAGAACUCAAAAGAAACAACACGAAAAGUUAUAUCCAUAAUAUAUGAAUAUGAAGAGUAUCCAAAUAGAGGAGGGUGGUGAACCUAAUAAUGAUUUUAUUAUAAAUUCGUUCGAGCAUCUGGAAGAUAUUGCUCCAUAAACUUGUUCAAAUCAGGCCAAAUGCAAGUCUAGCUUUUUCGACUCCUUCUUAAUUAAACAGCAACAGAUUGUAGUUGAUUAAAGGAGAAAAUUUUCCAAUCAUCGAAAAAUUUUUGAUAAAUAUCGUUCGAUUCCCUUUCUCCCUAAUGACUUUUAGAAAGUAUUGACUCCAAGAACACCAGCCACAAUGACUACCACUUUGGCUCCAUCUCCAAGGAAAAUAAAAGCUAAUGUGUAGAUGUAUCUUAAACCCCUUAAAAAGCCAUAGAAAUAACACAAUCGGUUGUUAACCCUUCCAGAGUUUAGAUAAAUUAUUUGA